AUGUUUGGGAAGAAAAAAAAACAAGGAGGAGGGGCAUGUGACGCGUGGUUGUUGUUGGAAAGGCCGCAGCAGUCGUGUGAGUGUAAUAGAGAAUACGGAUGCUCCAUCAGAAUAAGAAUCGGGAAAGAAGAUGCUGACAAAGUUCGAAACGAAGAGCAACAGGGUGAAGGGCCUGAGCUUCCACGGGCAGAGGCCAUGGAUCCUGGCGAGCCUACACAGCGGAGUGAUCCAGCUGUGGGACUACCGCAUGGGGACGCUGGUGGACAGGUUCGAGGAGCACGAGGGCCCCGUGCGCGGCCUCCACUUCCACCACUCGCAGCCCCUGUUCGUGUCCGGCGGCGACGACUACAAGAUCAAGCUCUGGAACUACAAGCUGCGGCGGUGCCUCUUCACCCUCCUGGGCCACCUGGACUACAUCCGCACCGUGGAGUUCCACCAGCAGUCCCCCUGGAUCGUCUCCGCCAGCGACGACCAGACCAUCCGCAUCUGGAACUGGCAGUCCCGCUCCUGCCUCUCCGUCCUCACCGGCCACAACCACUACGUCAUGUCCGCCUCCUUCCACCCCAAGGACGACCUCCUCCUCUCCGCCUCCCUCGACCAGACCCUCCGCGUCUGGGACCUCUCCCCCCUCCGCCACACCUCCCCCUCCGACGCCCUCGUCAAAUACCUCCUCGAGGGCCACGACCGCGGCGUCAACUGGGCCUCCUUCCACCCCUCCCUCCCUCUCAUCGUCUCCGCCGCCGACGACCGCCAACUCAAGCUCUGGCGAAUGAACGAUACCAAGGCCUGGGAGGUGGAUACCUUGAGAGGCCACACCAACAAUGUCUCCUGUGUUCUUUUCCAUGCCAAGCAGGAUAUUAUUGUCUCCAACUCUGAGGACAAGAGUAUUCGUGUCUGGGACGCCACCAAGCGGACUGGGAUCCAGACUUUUCGCCGGGACCAUGAUCGCUUUUGGAUUCUCGCUGCGCAUCCUCACAUGAAUCUCUUGGCCGCCGGUCAUGAUAGUGGCAUGAUUGUGUUCAAGCUCGAGAGGGAAAGGCCUGCUUUUGCUGUGUCUGGGGAUGCUUUGUUCUAUACCAGAGACCGCUUUCUUCGCUUCUAUGAGUUUUCCACGCAGAGGGAGACCCAGCUGCUGCCCAUUCGCCGCCCUGGUUCUUUGAGUCUUAAUCAGAGCCCCAGGACUCUUUCCUAUAGUCCCACCGAAAAUGCAGUUCUCCUCUGUUCGGAUGUUGAUGGGGGGUCUUAUGAGCUGUAUAGCAUAUCCAAGGAUGGAUAUGGCAGGGGUGAUUCUCAGGAUGCCAAGAAAGGUGUUGGAUUAUCCGCCCUGUUUGUCGCUCGUAAUAGGUUUGCUGUGCUUGACAAAAGCAGCAACCAAGUGCUUUUGAAGAAUCUCAAGAAUGAGACUGUCAAGAAGAGUGCCCUUCCCGUUGCCACCGAUGCUAUAUUCUAUGGGGGAACCGGCAAUUUGAUUUGUAGGUCAGAGGAUAGGGUCGUUCUGUUCGAUCUUCAACAGAGGAUAGUUCUUGGUGAACUCCAGACCCCUUUUGUCAAGUAUGUUGUCUGGUCUGGGGACAUGGAAACUGUUGCUUUGCUCAGCAAGCAUGCCAUUGUCAUUGCUACUAGGUAUUGA